AUGGCAUCUGGACCUGCCACCCAAUCACUCAAGUGCGUCGUGACGGGUGACGGUGCCGUCGGCAAGACAUGCCUCCUCAUCUCAUACACCACCAAUGCUUUUCCCGGAGAGUAUAUUCCCACAGUCUUCGACAAUUACUCAGCAAGUGUCAUGGUUGAUGGUCGACCCAUCAGCUUGGGACUAUGGGAUACCGCCGGACAGGAAGAUUACGACCGUCUGCGACCGCUUUCAUACCCUCAAACCGACGUGUUCUUGAUCUGCUUCUCGAUUGUCAGCCCCCCUUCAUUCGACAACGUCAGGGCGAAAUGGUAUCCUGAAAUCGAGCAUCAUGCCCCCGGCGUCCCGAUUAUCUUGGUCGGCACCAAACUCGACUUGCGGGAAGACAGGGCUACCAUUGAGGCUCUGCGCUCGAAGAAGAUGGAGCCCGUGUCGUAUGAGCAGGCCCUCUCGGUUGCAAAGGAGAUCAAGGCACACAAGUACCUCGAAUGCUCAGCCCUGACGCAACGGAACCUGAAGAGCGUAUUCGACGAAGCCAUUAGAGCCGUCCUCAAUCCCCGUCCACAGCCCAAAAGCAAGUCCAAGAAAUGUCUCAUUAUGUAA